ACAACGGCCAUUUGCAAUGUGACUGUCCAAGAGUGAUUUCUGCCUAUCACCAUAGUUUUGUUUGCCAACAAUAGAGGAAAACUGUUGCAGAACAGAAACUGUUGCUUCGGCGUGAAAACUUCAAUACUGUGUCCAAUUGGUCAACUCAAUCAAUCAAUUGUGUUUUAAGCCAACAGCCGCCAAACGCUAAAAGACAACAUUCCAGCAUUUUGGGAUUACGAAUAACAUUUUACGGAUUACUGCAGAGCAUUGAAAACUAACUGGAAAUGGGCACUAUUGAGAAACGCUCCUUUUCCUUCCGCCUUCGCCGCUCCUUUGGCGAUGGUGGCAGCACCAAUAGCCGCAACAGCAACAACAACAGCAGCACUUGCACCAACCACAACAACCAGAAGCGCUGCAGCACGCCCCUCACGCCCACCAGCACGAGCACCAGCAAGUUGGAGGUACCCGGACAAGCGUCGGUUAGUCGUCGGAGCAGUAUCUACAAGAAGCCCGAGAAGAACGAUGGCGGACAAAUACAUCUGAUACCCGAUGUGGAGCUGCCAUUGAUGACAUUCGCCGAUCAGUACAACAUAGAGAAGACGCUGGCCGAGGGCUGUUUUGCGAAGAUAUUGCUCUGUCGCCACAAGCCCACUAAUACGACGGUGGUGCUGAAGGCCGUGCAUGCCGAGUUGACGACCAUUAAGGAGUUUCAAAAGGAGUUCCACUAUAACUACGAGCUCUCCCAUCAUCGGCACAUACUGAGCGCCUAUGCGGUGGCUUUCCAGACCAUGGACUACUAUGUAUUUGCUAUGGAACACGCACCUUAUGGCGAUCUUGCCUCGAAUAUUGGACCAAAUGGCUUGCAUGAGACCGCCUGCAAAACUAUAUCGGAGCAGCUGAGCUCGGCACUGGGUUUCAUGCACUCCAAGAAUUUGGUGCAUCGAGAUCUUAAGAUAGAGAAUGUGCUGGUCUUCACGCCGGACUUUAAUCGUGUGAAGCUUUGCGACUUUGGGGCAACAACCAAGACGGGUCUCCUUGUCCACAAGGUGAAGCAUACGUGGACCAGUUGUGUGCCGCCCGAGCAGCUGGAACUAAUCAAGAACGAACGGUUUCAGUGCUUGCCGAUCAGCGACUCUUGGCAAUUCGGCAUUCUAUUGUACAACAUUUUGACGGGCAACCCACCGUGGCACUCUGCCGAUUGGGUUAAGGACCAGGCCUAUUCCAACUUCAUGAAGUACGAGCAGCGCAAGACCACAAAAGUUCCCGAUAAUUUCCGGCGUUUUUCGCCGCGUUUGAUGCGGUGCUUCCGCAAAUAUCUCAGCUACGAUCCCGAGGACCGUUGCAAGAUCACCGAGGUCAACAAAUAUAUGAAGGACCGCUGGGUGGAGUGUCGCAUUUCGGCCUCCAAAUCGGCCACACUGAUCUCGCCGAACAACCACGAUCAGGACUCGUGCAUAUAUUUGAACCAGCGCGAGGGCAGACUAUCGGGCGAUGAGAAUAAGCUGCGUUUCAAGCGCAUGAUGUCCAGCUAUGGCUUGGAUAACCCCAUUGAUCAGGCUAUGGUGCGGCGGCGCGUCUGGGAUUGGUUGUCGACCUGCGACGCCAACUUCGAUCCCGAAAUUGAAAGCCUGCACGCACUGGAUGUGGCACAAUAGAUUGGGCAUAUCAGCUAUUGAAACCAAAUGUUACAUUUGAGAAUUUGUAGAUCUGUAAGAUCGUGCAAUUAUAUUUAUAAUACUAUAUAGAGAAGUUACUUCUCCAAAUUUUAAUUGUUGUGGCAUACUGCAAAAUUAUCUAGUAUAUCUCUGAUAUACCAGUAUACAAAGUAUGAGUAGUACGAAUUUGUACCGAAUCGCGAUUUCGAAUGAGAAAUUGAGUUGAGAAAAAAAGCGAAAGGUAAUUGUAAAAUGUAAGCGUUAACGUUGACGGAUUACUUUCCACUAGCGUUACCUUCUAGUCUUCCGAUACGGUGGUUUUUAAAUGUAUGUACAUGUAUUUAUAGUUUAUAUUUAAUGUGUGAUUUAUAUAGUAUACGCGUUACCUACUUUAUAUGCUCGUUUGCAGCUAUAUAUGUAUACACGAUAUUUAUUAACGUUACGAUACCAUACCGACUAAUGCAAUUAUCUAGUGUUUAAUGUUAGACUUUAAAGCGAUGCGCAGUCGCACCCAAACAAUUAUGACCAAUUAUUAGAACACUAGGUUUUCAUGUAUAUUUGUAAAAGCCCCCUAUACUCUAAAUGUGCAAACUCUCUAUAAAGUAUCUAUAAUAUACUCGUAGUAUACUUUGUGUCUUUUUGUAUAUAUUAUCGAAAUAUGCACCCACUCGUAUGCGUAUGUAUGUAUAACUAUACACAUACAUAUACUAUAUACAUAAGUCAUGUACCUAUAUA